AUGGAUCCACUGGCCUCUCAUCCAACUGCCUUUCCAGUUACUGUUUUCCAGCAAAACUAUCUGGAUUCUAACCGCUCCUCCUCAUGCUCCCGCCUUAACAAUACAAGGGGUGGGCCUCUGCCACCCGUCCCUGGUGCCAAGCUACGCCUCAUGUGCAGCUACGGGGGUCACAUUAUCCCCCGUCCCCACGAUAAAUCACUAUGUUAUAUUGGAGGUGACACUCGUAUUGUGGUGGUGGAUCGCCUCUCCUCCCUCUCUGACGUCCAUGCUCGCCUUUCACACACCCUCCUCAACGGCAACAAGUUCACUUUCAAGUAUCAGCUUCCUAAUGAAGACCUUGACUCACUUGUAUCAGUUACCACAGAUGAGGACUUGCAACAUAUGAUUGAAGCAUAUGAUCGCGCAAUGUUGGUUUCACCUAAUUUGAAACCUUCUCGUCUUCGCUUAUUCCUGUUUCUUGAAAAGAUAGAAACUGUAGCCUCUAUGGGUUGCCUUCUUGAUGAUGCCAAGUCCGAAACGUGGUUCGUUGAUGCUUUUAACAAUGCUGGCUUUAUUUCCAGAGGACUCUCUGAUUCAGCUGCAGUAGAUAAUUUGCUGGAACGUCACAACAUUCCAGAGAAUGAUUCUUUUGCAGAUCUGGCCACGAAUGCUAUCCAAGAAGUGCAUUCUACAAUGCCUGAUUCACCUUUGGUUAAUACAACCUCAUCAUUUGAGUCCACUGUUUCCUCUCAAUCUAUCGGAAAUCUACUUCCUGUUGCGGUUAAAGUUGAAGAUAAUCACAUGAAGGCGACAUUCCAGGAUCAGAUUCUUGGGUUAUAUGAACGGUUCUCACAUAUUAAUGUCGCUUCAAAUGAACAAAAACUGGAUGAUGGUUAUAAUCAUUUGCAUGCAGCUGUAGCACCAGCUCUUCCUACUGUAAUUGGUGGUGCAGAUGCUAUGUUAUCAGCCGGUUUUGUGAAAUCUGCAGCUGCUAAUGAUGAUGAGAAAACAGAUCACGGUGCACCUACUAGGCUCCGGAAACUCCUAUUGAGGUCACUAUCAAUUCAGAAGAAAAAUGGAGAUGGUUAUAGCUUACCAUCACCUGAUUCAAAAUGUGCUGGUUACAACUUGCCAUCACCUGAUUCUGUAGCAAGUGAUAGCAGCAUUGCCUCAGCUACUUCACUCGCAAAACACACGAUUUACCAAGAAGCAUCUCCAGCAACAGGUGUUGAAAACAGCCUUCCUCUUGCAGUAACUGAUUCCAGGAAUAAAAGUAGCGACACAAACUCUCAAAGUCAGAUGCAACAAGUUCAAGAAUCUGUAGUCAUACAGGCUUCCCAGCAAAAUCUGUACCAGCAACCACACUUCAUUUCACCCGGCGCCCAUUACAUCCAACAUACUGCAACAGGUUCAAUAACAAUUCCACCUUACUGUCCAAUGUAUGUAACUCCAUCCCAGCAACCACUUCAUCAACAAAUGGAUCGGCAAUAUCAAUUGUAUUUGAUUCCUGUCCCGCAAAUGACAAUGCAAUCUAAUAUAGCUGAUGCUACAGUUACAUCUUCCAAACCUGAAAUGGCUGCAAAUGACUACAGAACAGCCACCCCAGCUACUCCAAGAUUUCUUCAAGUUCCUACUAGUCAAUUUCAGCAACAAUAUUGUGGUUUUCCCCAGUUUUCUCCUCCAUCACAGCCACUGGCUGCUGUUUCCACUGCCAAUGCUAAUUUAAGCUAUGAAUAUUCUCACCCUACGCAUGAUCAGGUGUACUACGCUCAACAUUCAGCUCCACCAUUUCCUUCGCAGUAUCAAACAAUGACCCCUACUGCAGUUUUAUUUUCACAGGCCUCACCACAACUAGCUGCGGAGAAUACUACUUCACAAAAGAUAACCUCGUAGCCUCUUUGAGUAAAAACAGGUAGUAAAAACAGGCCUCAGCACAACUAGCUGCGGAGACUAGUAUAUGGU